AACUUAUAUUCCGUUUACAAACACAAGCCUUUCAUUCUAGUUUCCAAGAAAUUUACAAAAGGUGCUUGAGUAAGACCGUUGUUGAUAAUAAGUUUCUUUAUUUGGUAAUGAGACGAUUCGGUCGUUGUUUCUUGAAAUUCCACUGUUAGCCUCUGAGUCUCUGACUCUGUUUCCCGCCGAUCUCGAAUUUUUGUGAUGAUGGCUACCACCACCGCUAGAUUCUCUGAUUCAUCUUACGAAUUUAGCAACACAAGCGGUAAUAGUUUCUUCGCCGCCGAGUCAUCUAUUGAUUACCCGUCGGAAUUUCUCACACCACCGGAGGUAUCAGCGCUUCAGCUUUUGUCAAAUUGCCUUGAGUCUGUUUUUGAUUCACCGGAAAAUUUCUACAGCGACGCUAAGCUAGUUCUCGCUGGCGGCCGGGAAGUUUCUUUCCAUCGUUGUAUUCUCUCGGCGAGAAUUCCUGUCUUCAAAAGUGCGUUAGCCACCGUGAAGGAACAAAAAUCCACCACCGUGAAGCUCGAGAUGAAGAAGAUCGCCACAGAUUACGAAGUCGGCUUUGAUUCGGUGGCGGCGGUUUUGGCGUUUGUUUACAGCGGCAGAGUGAGGCCGCCGCCGAAGGGAGCUUCUGAUUGCGUAGACGACGAUUGCUGCCACGUGGCUUGCCGGCCAAAGGUGGAUUUCAUGGUGGAGGUUCUUUAUUUGGCUUUCGUUUUCCAGAUUCCGGAACUAGUUACUAUGUAUGAGAGACAAUUCUUGAAAAUUGUAGACAAAGUUGUGGUCGAAGACAUCUUGGUUAUAUUCAAGCUUGAUACUCUUUGUGGUCAAACAUACAAGAAGCUUUUGGAUAGAUGCAUAGAGAUUAUCGUCAAGUCUGAUAUAGAACUAGUUAGUCUUGAGAAGUCUUUGCCUCAACACUUUGUCAAGCAAAUCACUGGUAUCCGCAAAGCGCUUGGUCUAGAGCCACCUGAACUACAAAUACAUGUCAAGAACUUAUAUAAGGCACUAGACUCUGAUGAUGUUGAGCUUGUCAAGAUGCUUUUGCUAGAGGGACAUACCAAUCUUGAUAUGGCGUAUGCUCUUCAUUUUGCUAUCGCGCAUUGUGAUGUGAAGACCGCGUAUGAUCUCCUUGAGCUUGAGCUUGCGGAUGUUAACCAUAGAAAUCCAAGGGGAUACACUGUUCUUCAUGUUGCUGCGAUGCGGAAGGAGCCAAAACUGAUAAUAUCUUUGUUAAUGAAAGGGGCAAAUGUAUUAGAUACAUUAUUGGAUGGUAGAACCGCUCUCGUGAUUGCAAAACGACUAACUAAAACGGAUGACUACAAAACUAGUAUGGAGGACGGCACACAUUCUCUGAAAGGCGGAUUAUGCAUAGAGGUACUUGAGCAUGAACAAAAACUAGAAUAUGUGUUGCCUAGAGAAGCUUCACUUUCUCUUCCAGUGACUCCCGAGGAGUUGCGGAUGAUGUUGCUCUAUUAUGAAAAUCGAGUUGCACUUGCUCGACUUCUCUUUCCAGUGGAAUCUGAAAUUGUACAGGAUAUUGCCAAAUUGGACGAAACAUGCGAGUUUACAGCUUCUAGUCUCGAGCCUGAUCAUCGCAUUGGUGAAAAGCGGACAUCACUGGACCUAAAUAUGGCGCCUUUCCAAAUCCAUGAGAAGCAUUUGAGUAGACUAAGAGCAGUUUGUAAAACCGUGGAACUGGGGAAACGCUACUUCAGACGUUGUUCGCUUGAUCACUUUAUGGACACCGAGGACUUGAAUCAUCUUGCUAGCGUAGAAGAAGACACUCCUGAGAAACGGUUACAGAAGAAGCAAAGGUACGUGGAACUACAAGAGACGCUGAUGAAGACCUUUAGUGAGGACAAGGAGGAAUUUGGAAAGCCUUCCACAGCGAAACCAACCUCUGCGAUGAGGUCUAAUAGAAAACUCUCUCACCGGCGCCUAAGAGUGGACAAACGGGACUUUUUGAAACGACCAUGCGGAAAUGGGGAUUAGGGAAUAGUAAAUCAUAUCCCAUUUCACUCCCGCAACUAAAAAUGAUGUCUCUUCAAAUUAUGAGAUUUUUGGCCACCCUAUGUAAGUUUUGUUGUUACUACCACAUGUACAUAUUAUCUGUUUUCAUAUUUGUUAUUUUCUCUGUUUUUCAUCUACGUCGUGUAGUUUUGUUCUUCACUUUGCAUCAUGUGUAUUCUAGCUCCUAGUGCGUUUCAAACAAAUAUAAUAAAUUUUUAGCCAAUGAUA